UGUGUAUAGAUUCCUUAUCUGGGCUCCCAUCAAGAUGAACGGAAUGAAAGGUUUACUGAUUUUUGCAGUGCUUUUGAACUGCUUCAAUGGCAUCUAUUCAAGUUUAACUGUUGAAGAGCUAACGCAAAUGAUGACGUCUUUUCGAGUGCAAUGUCAAGCCCAAACCGGAGCUUCUGAUGAUCUUAUUGAUGGAAUUAAUGUGGGCCAAUUUCCAAGAGACCAAAAUUUAAUGUGCUACAUAAAUUGUUUACUUACAAUGAUGCGAAUGAUAAGGAAGGGAAAAUUCAAUUCUGAAUUGGCAGUUAAGAAUAUAAAUAUGUUCUUGCCUGAAUUUAUGCGCGAAGAAUGGUUGAGGGGAGUUGCAGCAUGCAAAGAUCAUGGAGAAGAUAUUGUCGAUCAAUGCGAAAGGAUAUAUUCAAAGAUUGAAUGUUUCUCCAGGAAUAACGAACAUUUCAUAUUUCCAUAGCCUCUAGCAGUGAAAGAAUCUUCCCCAUUUUAAAAGUUUUUCUACACUAUUUUUUACACACCGUCUCCACUUGCAUUUAGUUUCCAUUACAUUAGAUACACUUUGACCGUUGAAAUCCAAUGGAAGUGGAGAAUAGUUGAAAGCUGUCGCUUAUUCUUUAGGUUUUGAAGUUUUGCUCGAUUACAAUUUAAGCAAUAAAAAUAUUACGAUCAGAAUAUUAAGAUCAAUAUUCAAAUCUUGGUAUAUUUUCCGAAAUGACUUCGGGUAGGAUGAUUUCAAUUGUAGAUUUUAUGUAGUUUAAUGUAGUGUAUUUACU